AUGAAUGAGAUGACUGGUGGCACUGGUAGUGGCAGUGGUAGUGAGAAGCCAAUGGCCAAUAUACAUGAGUUCGUUCAUUGUGUUCAACAGAUCUUUGUUGAGUCGGCAAACAUGCAGUUAAUACCACCGAAACUGGCAUUUCGUCUCAAUUUGCCCGUUUGGAGUCGUUUUGAAGGGGCGGCCCGUAAAGCACUUGAUCUAGCUCGGACUUAUGUGAACGAAAACGUCGAACAUAUUAGAAAUGAAGUGAAUGGAGAAAGCGAUGGAAUGUCAGGACAGGGAAUAAUACGGCAAUUACUAAAUGAUGGCUCUAUUAGUGUCGAAGAAAUGGUUCGCAUUAUUGUUGACCUGUUUAUUGCAGCGGCGGACACGACAUCACACGCCACUCAAUGGGCACUCUAUCUAUUGUCUCGCAAUCCUCAAUGUCAGCGAAGAAUGUUAGAUGAAGUGAAUAGUGUUACCGGUGGACACAUAGUAGAGGAAUGCCAUUUACCACACCUUUCAUACACUAAAGGAGUGAUCAAAGAGGCGCUAAGGUUAUACCCCGUGGCGCCAUUCCUCACAAGAUAUCUGUCGCACGAUAUGGAACUGUCAGGUUAUGGCAUACCUUCGGGAAAAUUAAUUGUCAUGUCUUUAUACACAACUGGCCGUAAGUGCGAGUAUUUCAAUGAUGCCAAUCAAUUCAUGCCCGAGCGAUGGCUUAGAGAUAAAGAACUGGCAAACCAUCAGACCAUCAAUACUCACGCCUGUCUGCCAUUUGGUUUGGGCGUCAGGUCUUGUAUUGGCCGCCGAGUGGCUGAGAUUCAGAUGCAAUUCCUUUUAUCACGAAUUGUACAGAAAUUUCAAUUAUCCGCCGUUUCUAACAAAGAGAUUGGCAUUAAUUUACGAAUGAUUGCAACUCCAGAACAACCCAUUCAUUUGGCUCUUAAAAAGAGGGCAACUCUUUAA